AUGUCGGACAUCGAAUCCCAGAGAGUCCUCGGGGCUGGGAUCCCGCGGACUGGCAGACUGAUUGAUGUUGCCUUCCCUAACAUUUCACUGGACAAGUCGAUUGUUGUGAUAACGUUGGCCCAGAUCGCGGUCUACAUUAUGUCAUGUGCGAUGUCGUCGGCUUUUGAGCCUACGGAGCGCGUCUUGUACCAAUUGGGCGCUACCUACGGACCUGGGAUACGGCACCUCCAAGCAUGGAGGCUUAUCAUGCCUGUUUUCCUUCAUGUCGGCAUUGUCCAUUUGCUGUUCAAUGUUCUCUUCAUUUUGCACAUGGGACUUGACAAGGAAAUAAAGUAUGGGAGGACGAAUUUCCUCAUACUAUACUUCUCCUCUGGUCUCGUGGGUUCCAUCCUUGCCGAGAUCUUGAUUGUCUGGCACAAGCUUGACGAACGCACAAGGAACAUGUACACACUCGACAUGACUGUAUUUGGUGCUUUGAUGAUUCUUCUCUCCUACGGACAAACUGUCGACAUCUGGGGCCAUUUGGGAGGUUUCGUCUGCGGGUUCGCAGUAACGUGUGAAUUCAACAAGAACAUAAGGGACCUUCCUCAGUAA